AAAAAAACCUGCCAUGUGAAACACACACCUGUUGUCAACACACCAAGUCAUGAAGUCGUCAGUGCUGCUGUGUUCUGUCUUGCUUCUCUCUGUCUCUGAUACCACAGGUACUGCUGCUAUAACUUGGCAGAGGAGAGCUUCAGUCUGGCAGGUGGUGUGCGCAAAAGAACCUGACAUGUGAAACACACACCUGUUGUCAUCACACACUUGUUGUCCACACACACCUGUUGUCAACACACCAAGUCAUGGAGCCGUCAGUGCUGCUGUGUUCUGUCUUGCUUCUCUCUGCCUCUGUCCUGUUCCAGGGGUACAAGACUAUGACUCCGUUUCCAGACAGUGAGACGAGGAUGUCUAGUUGUCCGGAGCAAGAACCUCCGACUGAACCCAGAGAGGCUGCCUGUGAGGAAUAUGGAGGAGGGACCUGCACGAAGCAGUUUGAUCCAGUAUGUGGCAGUGAUGGGAAGACCUACAGCACCGAAUGUGUUCUCUGCCAGCAGAACAGCAAGAAGAAGCAUGUGAGAGUGGCCUUCAAAGGGUUGUGCCCUUCUUAACGGACUGACACACACACACACAAACACACACACGUCUUGUCUUCUCAAUAAAGUCUCAUACUGCAA